GUCGUAGAGCAGGACGGACGUCAUUGAUGAGGGGCAGAGAGUGGGAGGGCGAGAGAGGACCCUGAUGGCCACUGAAUUCUUAUAAAACCAUUCGUCUUUCCCGCUUCUCAUCUGCUUUUUCUUCUCCAUCCUCACAAAACAAGACAAUCAACCAACAUCCUCACAUCCAUCCAAACAACUUUCCACAACCAAAACCACCCCUCAAACAACAUCUUCACCAUGUCUGACACUUUCCGCAAGUCUUUCUCCGACCGCGCCGGCGAGAAGAUUCAGCCCGAUUCCUCCAAGUCCACCCUCGACAAGGCCACCGAGAACGUCACCACCGCUGCCGACAAGGUUGCUGGUGAGCUCCAGACCGACUCCUCCAAGUCCAACACCCAGUCGGGCUUCGACAAGUCUCGCCGCGAGAAGGACACCAUAGUCGACAAGGUCAAGAACGUCGUCGGACUCGGCAACAACAACCAGGUCUAAAUACCACAAUGAUUUGACGAUUUGAGCGGGAUGGGGCACAAUUACGGAGUUUGAUUUUGUCUUUUUUUCCUCGUUCUUCUUCAUCUGUUGUAUGCUAGUUCUGGCUGUUUGAUCAUGGGAAUUUGAUUCUACUACACAC